AUGGACCCGGAAAUCGCUGCGACAACCCCCACAUGGAUAAGGUCUUCAAAGUCUUCGCCUCCAUCUUCCCAUCCCGCCGGCGCUGGGCAAGGAGAGGCGACGGUUGGGGAAAGGAUGCGGCCGGGGAGAGACAUUGAACCCAAGAACGCAGACAAGACACGCUACGAACCGCUUUCAGACAAUGGUGCUGCCGGUCUCGCCGUGAUUGCAGCAAAUCGAACGGCUCUCAACUCGACAACGACGUCAAAUCUGAUCGAGUAA